CGCGAGGAUCGGAGCCGCAACACGGACACUGCACUGACUGAUCCGAGGCUGCCAUAGACACAUGCCUAAAACCAGAGAAGAACCAAAAAUACUGUAGUAUACUGUAGUUGUGGAGGAAGAGGGCGUAUUUUUGCGUAUUCGAUCUGAGCUUGAAAGGUGGCGUUUGUAUAUAUUUUGUUUAUAACAGACAAGGUUAGUGAAGCAGAGCCGGCUAAUUUAACCAACACUCCGCUAGCCCGUUAGCCUGCUAGCAGCUAGCACCGGAGCCGCUCAUUUGUCCACUAGGAAGCAGCUCUGAUCGGCGUUUUAUCGGCCUUGGUCAGUAAGGGCGGCCCGUUACAAGUGUUUAGUGACCAUCGGUGCUUAUUAGGCCGAAACCCUGGAUUGACGGCACCGCAAUAAUACAGAGCCGUGACCGGUUGAGGUUGGAACCAGCACAGGGGUGUCCUCAAGUGGCCACCAUGGACAACGCUCACACAACGACAGUGGAAGAAGUUUAUGCCUUCUUCAGCGUCAACGAAAGCACAGGGCUCAGUUUGGACCAAGUUCGAAAGCAGCGGGAUCGAUUCGGGCCCAAUGAGUUGCCAGCUGAAGAAGGCAAGUCUCUUUGGGCGCUAGUCAUUGAACAGUUUGAAGAUCUGCUUGUGAGGAUCCUUUUACUUGCUGCUUGCAUAUCAUUUGUACUGGCCUGGUUUGAAGAGGGAGAGGAAACCGUUACAGCCUUUGUGGAGCCUUUUGUUAUCCUCCUUAUUCUCAUAGCCAACGCCAUCGUAGGAGUGUGGCAGGAGCGAAAUGCUGAAAAUGCCAUUGAAGCACUGAAGGAGUAUGAGCCAGAGAUGGGCAAGGUGUACCGUCAAGACAGGAAGAGUGUGCAGCGGAUUAAAGCCAGGGACAUUGUACCUGGUGAUAUUGUGGAAGUGGCAGUUGGAGAUAAAGUGCCCGCAGAUAUCAGGCUAUGCUCCAUCAAGUCGACCACACUGCGGGUGGACCAAUCCAUUCUUACAGGAGAGUCUGUGUCUGUUAUCAAACACACUGACCCAGUGCCUGACCCGCGGGCUGUCAACCAAGACAAGAAGAACAUGCUCUUUUCUGGCACCAACAUUGCGGCAGGUAAAGCUGUUGGUGUGGUAGUUGCCACAGCAGGAAACACAGAGAUUGGAAAAAUUCGAGACGAGAUGGCUUCCACAGAGCAAGAGCGCACACCCCUCCAGCAGAAGCUCGAUGAGUUUGGGCAGCAGCUGUCAAAGGUAAUUUCCAUCAUCUGCAUUGCGGUUUGGAUCAUUAAUAUUGGACAUUUCAAUGACCCUGUCCAUGGCGGCUCGUGGAUUCGUGGGGCUGUGUAUUAUUUUAAAAUUGCCGUGGCUUUGGCAGUGGCUGCUAUCCCUGAGGGCCUCCCUGCAGUCAUCACAACAUGUCUGGCUUUGGGAACUCGACGGAUGGCCAAAAAGAACGCCAUUGUCCGCAGUCUGCCCUCUGUGGAGACCCUGGGCUGUACUUCUGUGAUAUGCUCUGACAAGACUGGCACUCUCACCACCAAUCAGAUGUCUGUGUGCAGGAUGUUUAUACUUGACCAAGCGGAAGGUGAUCGCUGUGCUUUGAAAGAGUUCACUGUUACAGGAUCCACCUAUGCCCCAGAGGGAGAAGUCUUCCAUGAUGGCAAGCCUGCCAAAUGUUCUCAGUAUGAUGCUCUGGUAGAGCUGGCCUCUAUCUGUGCACUCUGUAAUGAUUCUUCAUUGGAUUACAAUGAGACCAAAGGUGUGUAUGAAAAAGUAGGAGAGGCGACAGAGACAGCUCUCACUUGUCUAGUGGAGAAAAUGAAUGUGUUUGAUACAGAUAUAAAGGGACUGUCCAAAGUGGAGCGUGCCAAUGCCUGUAACUCUGUAAUAAAGCAGCUAAUGAAAAAAGAAUUCACACUGGAAUUUUCUAGAGAUAGAAAAUCUAUGUCAGUAUACUGCACCCCAAAUAAAGCCCGCUCCUCAGUUGGCAAAAUGUUUGUAAAGGGUGCCCCUGAGGGAGUCAUUGACAGAUGCACACACGUCCGUGUUGGCAGCAACAAGGUGCCAAUGACCCCUGGUAUCAAAGACAAGCUAAUGUCAGUCAUUCGAGAGUAUGGAACUGGAAGGGACACUCUGCGUUGUCUGGCCCUGGCUACAAGGGACAACCCAAUCAGUAAGGACAGUCUGGCACUGGAAGACUCCAGUCGCUUUAUUGAGUAUGAGACUGACCUGACAUUUGUUGGGUGUGUGGGCAUGCUGGACCCUCCUCGGGCUGAAGUGGCAGCCUCUAUUAGACUUUGUCGUCUUGCAGGAAUCAGAGUGAUUAUGAUCACAGGGGACAACAAAGGCACUGCAGUGGCCAUAUGCAGACGUAUUGGCAUUUUUGGUGAAGAUGACGAUGUAUCUAGCAUGGCUUUCACAGGCCGAGAGUUUGAUGAUUUGUCCCCAGCAGCACAAAGGGAAGCUGUUGUUAAAGCCCGCUGCUUUGCUCGUGUAGAACCAUCACACAAAUCUAAGAUUGUUGAGUAUUUGCAAUCCUAUGAUGAGAUCACGGCAAUGACUGGUGAUGGUGUGAAUGACGCUCCUGCUCUGAAGAAGGCUGAGAUUGGCAUUGCCAUGGGCUCAGGCACAGCAGUAGCCAAGACUGCUUCUGAGAUGGUGCUCGCUGAUGACAAUUUUUCCACAAUUGUUGCAGCAGUGGAAGAAGGCAGAGCCAUUUACAACAACAUGAAGCAGUUUAUUAGAUACCUGAUCUCUUCAAAUGUAGGAGAAGUUGUCUGUAUUUUCCUCACUGCAGCCCUGGGUUUCCCAGAGGCUCUCAUCCCUGUCCAGCUGCUCUGGGUCAACCUUGUGACUGAUGGUCUUCCAGCGACCGCCUUGGGCUUCAAUCCACCUGACCUGGAUAUCAUGAACAAGUCUCCACGCAAUGCCCGGGAGCCUCUCAUCUCAGGAUGGCUCUUCUUUAGAUACCUGGCUAUUGGAUGCUAUGUGGGUGCAGCCACUGUUGGAGCAGCUGCCUGGUGGUUUGUAGCUGCUGAAGAUGGUCCUAGAAUCACCUUUUACCAACUGAGUCAUUUCCUCCAGUGUGGCCCUGAAAAUGAAGAGUUUGAUGGCCUUGACUGCAAGAUCUUUGAGUCCCCAUAUCCCAUGACUAUGGCCCUGUCGGUGCUGGUCACCAUUGAGAUGUGCAAUGCUCUGAACAGUGUGUCAGAAAACCAGUCUCUGCUGCGGAUGCCUCCCUGGGAGAAUGUGUGGCUGCUGGGAGCCAUCUGUCUCUCCAUGUCUCUACACUUCCUCAUCCUCUAUGUCGAACCACUGCCCAUCAUAUUUCAGAUCACCCCUCUGAAUUUGACUCAGUGGCUGAUGGUGCUGAAAAUCUCACUGCCAGUCAUUUUGCUGGAUGAGGUUCUCAAGUUUGCUGCUAGAAAUUACCUGGAGCCCGGUAAAGAGCUGGAGAAGGCGGCCAGCUCCAAAGGCUGUGCCAUGUGUGCAUGUUUGGAGGGCAUCUCCUGGCCCUUCGUAGCCAUCUGCCUCCCACUCGUCGUCUGGAUCUACAGCUCCGACACUAACAUGGCCGAUAUGUUCUGGUCCUGACUGACUUGAGCACAACCUCCAUUUUCCCUCUGCCCCACAUCACCGCCACCACUUCUCUUCUCUGCCCUCUCCCUGUCUGCGUAGCUAGUUUGUGUGGCUGUUUGUAGAUUUAGACUGUGUGCCUGCGUGUAUGAGAAGGACCAACUUUAAUUAAACAUGAUGAAUAAUAUUAAAUGUUAACAUUAAGAAGUCACCCACUGGAUAUGGGUCAGGAUUCCCACUGUAUGUGGGUAGAUGGGAGUGUUAGAAAACCGUUACUCCUAAAUUACGGACUUUGUUGCGGGGUAAAGAAUUACGAGUUAUAAUAAUGCCUUUUUUUUGUUCUUGUUAAUAAUGCCUGUAAGGCAUAACUUUUUAAAAAUAAUUUUGCUAAUUCUUAUUUUGAUUCACUACACCCUGUAUAUUAUUUUGGUUCAUUUCAUUUACAAAAAGAAAUCUAGAUAUCCGAAAUCAUUGUUCUGUAUAGAGACUGAACACUAUUUUAUGCAACUUUUUUUACCGCUUUGUAAAUUGUUUGACCAGCGUGGCUUAGAGAUACCGCCUUGAUUUGUUUUUUCUUUUUAAUGUUUACCAUUGUGUCUUCAGUGUAAACUCAGAGGUGAGUGCCAAGUGGCAGACCGCACUAGGAAAGGUUUGGGUGUGAACGAUUUGAAUGCUCUGCUUAAAAGAGAAGAAAUCUGGGAAACAAAAGCCGCAUGUCCUGUGACCAAGCAUGAACUUUGUGGUUCUUCAUUCUUAAUUUAAUUGUGUAGAUAGACCCCAUAGUAGAGUAUAAAUUGACUUGGAUGUUUUUUACUCAUGAUUUGAAUAAGCCAGUUUUUCUGCACUGGGCAGAGCACAGCUACCUCAAUACAAUACAAUUUUCUGCUCAUUUCUAAAGGCUUUGCUUUGUGGCAUUUUAUAGUAGAUAGCAUAACAUUUGAGGUGUGCCCCUUUAUUUGUGCAGAAAACGGAACAUAAUCAGUUUUCAAUUUUAAAUGAUUUUUUUUUUUUUUUUGACGUGUGAUCAUUAAUUGUAUUUUGUCCCAGACAGAACUGCAGGAGAAUUGGUUUUCUCCAUAGUGCUUGAUUCAAAGACUUACUACAUAUUUUCUCAAUGGCAAAUAAUAUAAAUCCAAAUUAUCAUGAAUUCCACCCAAAAUGUUUUUUUUUUUACUAUAAAGACAAUAUAUAAACUCAUGAACCCUUUGAAUCAAAGUGUUUUCUGUCUUCAUUUAAUGUGUGGCAUUAUAGGCUGUGUUUUGGAUCUACAUUGAAUACUUGAAUAUAAAUAAUUGACAGAUGAAUGCUUCAGUUUGGCUAAAUUAACUGACAAAAUAGGCUGCAGAUAGUUUGUUGGAUCUCAUGUACUUUUUAAGAAAACAUACUGUGUUUGCUGUUGUGUUUACAUAGAGGACUCGAGCCCAUAUAAUUAACAGCACUAACUUAAACCAGUUCUAGAAUAUUUUUGUCUGUGCAGAGCUCCUCAGAAGCAUGCUUUUUGAGCAUAGUUUGUUUGCACUGUGUGUUCUACUUUACAACUGUGUGCUUUUCCCCCAAUGCCUUCCAUUGGCUCACCUACCAAUAGAGUGAGUAUACACUGAGAUUUCACCUUUCUUCACCUAUCAAGUUGUGCCGACCAUUCAUGAAAUACUUAAUUUUUAUUUUACUUAAAUAUAUACAUAGCAAAAGAGAUUAAGUGAUUGUGGUAAAAUGUCAGUGCUGCAAUUAAAACACAAAACACCUAUUUUAACAGUUGUUUUAAUUGUGGCAGUUAUCCAUUUAUUAUGAAUGGCAUUUCAUCAUUUACAGUUUCUCACUUGCACAUCCUCACAAAGUACUCAACUCAAAAAUCAUUUGAUAUUGUACUCUAAUAUAAUGUAUGCUUUGAAUUAACAGUGUCUCUGGUUUUCAGGUUGGCUCUCAUAAACUUCACAAGCUUUAAGACGGGGGACAUUAUCCAGCUGUCCCUUUGUCUCCCCACUCCUCCAUCUCCGUGAUCAGCUGUAUGUAUACCCAUGUACAGUUAGAAAGGACACUUUGUAGUAGUAUUACCAAACACAGGGUAGUAUAAAGCCAGUACCGGCCGUAUGUACCCCGACACAACACAUGACAUUUAUACCUCUGUGUGAAAAGUAUGUACUUAUAUGUUGACAUGUUUCCAGUUGGUGUGCAGGAAGACCCUUCACACUACUUGCAUGAAGAACAUGUUUCAUCUUCCAUGGUAGCUUGCGAUGUUGACAAUUAUUGAACUCUGGGUCAAUGGUCUCUUAGAUGUACAUAGGUGUAGGUACAACUCAUGCAUGCGUUUCAGCUGUAUCUAGGCUUUGCAAUUUGUAAUUAUAAAUAUAUUGUACAAUAUCCACAGUAAGAUUUUAGAUGGUUAUAUUAAUAGACAUGGGACACAGUUUAUCUUGUAACAAUUUGGGCAAUUUGCACAAUAUAUAUAUAGAUAAAGAAGUGGCUAAUGCUGAACUUGACUGUGCUCUGUUUUCGAAGCUAAAUAGUCACAGCCUAUCAGCAACUGAUUUCACGUGAAUAAAUUAAUCCUUUACAGUCAUAAGAGUGACACUUUGAUUCAUUGGUGUCCUGCAAUACUACAUGGUUCUUUUGCCUUUACGUUUAUAUAUUAUCAUGUAUCUUUAUUAACUGCUGUAAAACUGUGAUAAAACAUGAGUGGGCCGUGGCCUGUCCAAUCACUGGCUCUGGGUCAAAGUUUAAUGUACAGUUGAUGGGAUCAUUAUUGAGGAUGAAUAAUGAUUGUAGUGCAUUACUGAGGUUGUGGAAUCAGGUAAAUAAAACAUAUUAUUUCAG